AUGGACCGACUAUGUUGUUUUAUCGUAGCGCAACUCAAUGGCUGGUUUUUAAUGGCGUCAAAGGUCUCACUGUCGAUGGCAAUGGACAUUUUGAUGGACAAGGAAAUUAUUGGUGGGAACAGUCAUGCUUUACAAUUCGUGAGUUGCACCGAAACCAGGUUGGCCAAUGUUCGGUUUACCAACAGUCCCCAAAAGCAUGUGCUUAUAAUACAUUGCAACCAGUUUAAGGUUAACAAUCUUAAUAUUCAAGCUCCUGAUGAGAGCCCCAACACGGAUGGCAUCCACAUCCAAGCCUCUCACCAUGUCCGAAUCACAAACUCGAUAAUCGGCUCUGGCGAUGAUUGUAUCUCCAUUGGCGAUUACACAUCCAACGUCGAUAUAUCAAACAUCAAACGUGGACCAAGACAUGGUAUAAGCAUUGGAAGUCUUGGGAAGCAAGGUAAUUUGGUACAAGUUAGCAACAUUCGGGUUACCAAUUCAUUCUUCACGGGAACUACAAAUGGAGCUAGGAUCAAGACAUGGCAAGUAGGAGAGGGAUAUGUUCGGCACGUCAUUUUUAAAAACCUAAGGUUUAACAACGUGAAAAAUCCCAUCAUCAUUGAUCAGAAUUAUUGCGACCAAACGGGUGGUUGCCCACAACUGGAUAAUUCUGGAGUCAUAAUAAGCAACGUGACUUACCAGACAAUGUCAGGAACGUCGAGUACCCGAAUUGCUAUAAAUCUCAACUGCAGUCGUUCUGUUCAUUGCACCGGAAUUUCAAUGAAAUGUAUCCGGCUGAAAUCUGCCUCGGCUGGAGAACAAGUGGUUGCUAGUUGCAGUAAUGCUAGUGGGCGAGAGACAGAUGUCGUACCUGGCCAUUGUCUACAAGAUACAUCAUCCAUUCGCCCUAUAUCAAAAUAG